CCUCCACUUCCUGUUUCCUGCGCAUGGCUUGGUGUGGCUAACCGACGGAGCUCCGCUGCUGCUGGGAGCUCCUCAGGUUCCGCUCUGUCUUCCUGCCGUCGUCUGCAGGUGAUCCUCUGAUCCUCCAGCUUUCACUUCCUGUAGUUCAAACCCAGAAGGUUCUGCUCCAGAUGGACCACAGCUCUCUGUUUGACGAGAGGAGAAGUUCCAGGAGCGAGUCCUCAGCCCUGAGGAGCUCCGGGUAGCUGCACCUUUUAUGGGUUCUUAGUGAACAGAAGGAAAUCUAGAGGAUCACCAGGUAGCUUCCUGUGCUCAGGUGAAGCAGUCAGUAACUUACCUGGAUAACCGACGCCUCCGCCUGGUCUUCAUCAUUAAAGCUCCAUCACAGCAGCAUGAAGCAGACCUGAUGGAGGAGGAGCUGCUGUUAGCAUCCAGUCUGCUCUGGUUCUGAUUGGUCAGCAGCUGUAGGGAUGCUGAGCCUGAUUUAUCCUCAGAAACCAGGUGGGCUGAACGCAGAUAUGCCCCGCCCCCUUCCGCAGACAGGAGGCCUCUGAUUGGUCAAAUCUGCAUCUGCUCUUCUCUAUGCGUAUUUCCUGUUUGGUUCCUGACCGCCUUGUUCUGUUAGUCUGACCACCAUUGUGGAAACGGAGGUGCAUGAGAACGCUGGGACCCUUUUUCCACCUGGAUUCCCGCUCUUUUUGGCCCUCAUGGCCCUCUGUUGUUCCUGAUUGGCCCUCUGGCGUUGUGGCGUGGAAUAACAUAGUGCAGACCAUAAAUCAAACAUAUCUGCAAUAAACUGCUGCGAUAAACUGCUGCGAUAAACUGACUGCGAUAAACUGACUGCGAUAAACUGACUGCGAUAAACUGCUGCGAUAAACUGACGCGAUAAACUGACUGCGAUAAACUGCUGCGAUAAACUGACGCGAUGAACUGACUGCGAUAAACUGGCUGCGAUAAACUGCUGCGAUAAACUGCUGCGAUAAACUGACGCGAUAAACUGACUGCGAUAAACUGGCUGCGAUAAACUGCUGCGAUAAACUGACUGCGAUAAACUGACUGCGAUAAACUGACUGCGAUAAACUGACUGCGAUAAACUGCUGCGAUAAACUGACGCGAUAAACUGACUGCGAUAAACUGGCUGCGAUAAACUGCUGCGAUAAACUGACUGCGAUAAACUGACUGCGAUAAACUGACUGCGAUAAACUGACUGCGAUAAACUGACUGCGAUAAACUGCUGCGAUAAACUGACUGCGAUAAACUGCUGCAGGACGAUAACCAGGCCUUCAGGCUGAAACUAGUUUGAUGUUAUCGCCGCUACUAAAUAAAAAUGAAACAUAGCCUUUAUAUAAACGCUAAAUUAAAGGCUUUUAUUUUAGGUUUAGAGUUUUUAGCUUCUCUGUUUUUAUCAUAAAAAAAAAGACCCGUUUAAAUAAAUGAUGUUUGCUGGGUUCAUAUUUGAUUUAUUUAAAAUAUUUAAAUAUGUUUUUAUAAAUUACAAUAAAGACUCACCAUUUAUUCAUCCUUUACAGGCGUUCUGUUAUUAUUUCUAUCUGUAAUCAGGCAGAAAACUUUAACUUUAACUGAUUAAUUAAACUAAAGGUUACUUUCCCCAACAUGUCAAUCAAUGAAGUUUUCUGGAUAAUAUAAGAACCUGUAAAACGGCCUAAAAAGGCAAAAUUUACCAAACUGGGAUUAAAAAAAUUUAAAAUUUAAAUAUUCAGAGGAAAUAGAGAAAGAAUAGAGAAAACCUUUCAGACAAAAGGAAGCGAUUCACAUCCUGACUGAUGGAUGCAGGGAAAUGGUUCCCGCAGUCAGCCGCCAUCUUCCUCAGGGCAUCCAGCCCUCUGAGCCCCCGUAGCUAACGCCUCACCGGUGGGGGGGUGGGGGGUGGAGGAGAAGGUGAACUCCAGGUAAGAAGCUGACUGCUGCACAGCCUGUAAGGUUUGGUUUCAUGGUCUUCCUGCCUCUUCAUGGUCUUCCUCCCUCUUCGUGGUCUUCCUGCCUCUUGGUGGUCUUCCUCCCUCUUCAUGGUCUUCCUCCCUCUUCGUGGUCUUCCUCCCUCUUCGUGGUCUUCCUCCCUCUUCGUGGUCUUCCUCCCUCUUGGUGGUCUUCCUGCCUCUUCAUGGUCUUCCUCCCUCUUCGUGGUCUUCCUCCCUCUUCAUGGUCUUCCUCCCUCUUCGUGGUCUUCCUCCCUCUUCGUGGUCUUCCUCCCUCUUGGUGGUCUUCCUGCCUCUUCAUGGUCUUCCUCCCUCUUCGUGGUCUUCCUCCCUCUUCGUGGUCUUCCUCCCUCUUCGUGGUCUUCCUCCCUCUUGGUGGUCUUCCUGCCUCUUCAUGGUCUUCCUCCCUCUUCGUGGUCUUCCUCCCUCUUCAUGGUCUUCCUCCCUCUUCGUGGUCUUCCUCCCUCUUCAUGGUCUUCCUCCCUCUUGGUGGUCUUCCUCCCUCUUCAUGGUCUUCCUCCCUCUUGGUGGUCUUCCUGCCUCUUCAUGGUCUUCCUCCCUCUUCGUGGUCUUCCUCCCUCUUGGUGGUCUUCCUCCCUCUUCGUGGUCUUCCUCCCUCUUCGUGGUCUUCCUCCCUCUUGGUGGUCUUCCUCCCUCUUCAUGGUCUUCCUCCCUCUUGGUGGUCUUCCUGCCUCUUCAUGGUCUUCCUCCCUCUUCGUGGUCUUCCUCCCUCUUGGUGGUCUUCCUCCCUCUUCGUGGUCUUCCUCCCUCUUGGUGGUCUUCCUGCCUCUUCAUGGUCUUCCUCCCUCUUGGUGGUCUUCCUCCCUCUUCGUGGUCUUCCUCCCUCUUGGUGGUCUUCCUGCCUCUUCAUGGUCUUCCUCCCUCUUGGUGGUCUUCCUCCCUCUUCGUGGUCUUCCUCCCUCUUGGUGGUCUUCCUCCCUCUUCAUGGUCUUCCUCCCUCUUGGUGGUCUUCCUGCCUCUUCAUGGUCUUCCUCCCUCUUCGUGGUCUUCCUGCCUCUUCAUGGUCUUCCUCCCUCUUCGUGGUCUUCCUCCCUCUUCGUGGUCUUCCUCCCUCUUCGUGGUCUUCCUCCCUCUUCGUGGUCUUCCUCCCUCUUGGUGGUCUUCCUCCCUCUUCGUGGUCUUCCUCCCUCUUGGUGGUCUUCCUCCCUCUUCCUGGUCUUCCUCCCUCUUCGUGGUCUUCCUCCCUCUUCGUGGUCUUCCUCCCUCUUGGUGGUCUUCCUCCCUCUUCAUGGUCUUCCUCCCUCUUGGUGGUCUUCCUCCCUCUUCGUGGUCUUCCUCCCUCUUGGUGGUCUUCCUCCCUCUUCAUGGUCUUCCUCCCUCUUGGUGGUCUUCCUGCCUCUUCAUGGUCUUCCUGCCUCUUCAUGGUCUUCCUCCCUCUUCGUGGUCUUCCUCCCUCUUGGUGGUCUUCCUCCCUCUUGGUGGUCUUCCUCCCUCUUCGUGGUCUUCCUCCCUCUUGGUGGUCUUCCUCCCUCUUCAUGGUCUUCCUCCCUCUUGGUGGUCUUCCUGCCUCUUCAUGGUCUUCCUGCCUCUUCUUGGUCUUCCUCCCUCUUGGUGGUCUUCCUCCAUCUUGGUGGUCUUCCUCCCUCUUGGUGGUCUUCCUCCCUCUUGGUGGUCUUCCUCCCUCUUCGUGGUCUUCCUGCCUCUUCGUGGUCUUCCUCCCUCUUCGUGGUCUUCCUCCCUCUUGGUGGUCUUCCUCCCUCUUCGUGGUCUUCCUCCCUCUUCAUGGUCUUCCUCCCUCUUCGUGGUCUUCCUGUCUCUUCGUGGUCUUCCUGCCUCUUCUUGGUCUUCCUCCCUCUUUGUGGUCUUCCUCCCUCUUUGUGGUCUUCCUCCCUCUUGGUGGUCUUCCUCCCUCUUGGUGGUCUUGGUUAUUGUUGCUCUGGCUUUGAUCGGUGGGUGUUGGUCUGUGAUCGCUGGCAGCCGAUGUUUCUCUCCUUCUGUUUGGGGUUAACUGUUCAGAUUGAGAUCUUUCUUGCUCUCCUGAGGUGGUAAAGUUCUCCACCUCGUGGCUCCUCCUCUUCUCCUGCUUCCUCUGCCGCUGUCGGACAUCUUGGCUCUGAGCUUCUCUUUCUGUCUCCAGAAUCGGCCGGUUGUCCUAUCUUUGCCUUACCUUCUGCCAGUGCACCUUCUGAUGAACUUUACAGAAGUCUCCUUUUCUUGGCCUCUUAUCACCGUUUGCUCUUCAUGAU